AUGUUGAAUGAAAGUUUUUUUUUUAAGUGUUCCUUAGUCCAAUAUGAAAAUUUCUCAAGUAUUUUUUUGAUUCAAAUUAAAAUUGAAAAUAUAAUUGUGUAAGAGCUGUACUAAUAAUCUUUACUAGAUAUUUACAUUAAAAGAGCAUAAUUNUGUAACUCACCAAUACAAGCAAGCUCGGAAUAUAAAUAGCUGUAGAUUUAAUGCUUGAAAUGUAAUACAUUACUUUGUCGUCAUUGCUACUAAGAAUAUCAUGGAGAAAAUCAAGCAGUAAUUUAUAUUUUAAUAGAACUAGCAAUGUCCGAAUCUGUUAAAAGAGAUUUUAAAAGCAAUUGAUGGUAUGCCAGUUCUAGUUUGUCCGUUUUGUGGUUUAAUGCAAACAAAAGAUGAGAAAUGUAAUCACGUGAAGUGCCAUGGUUGCUAAUAGGAUUUAUGCUCAGCAUGUUCUGUUGAUAGAGCUCCAAUAUUGAGUCAUGGCAAUCAUUAUCACAGAGUGGGUUGUCCUGACUAUCAACCAUGGAUGUAAAAUGGCAAAGUGAUGACCUAACCAGAUUUUGAUAGAAGAAAAUGUCAAAGGUGUCAAGAAACAGGUUAAGGAUGUCAAUACCCAAUCAGUUUAGAAGAAUACAAAAAAUUAAAAUAGUUUUGA